UAAAAAAUAAAAAACAAAUGAUAAUGAGAAGGGGAAAAAACACACAAAUAGGCCCGUCAAUUUGGGAAUUAAAAUCCAAGUUCAGAGAGAGAGAGAGAGUUGUAGAGUUUGACUUGUGAAAAUUGGAAGAUCUGCUGCUGUUCCUUUUAUUCGUCCUCUUGUCUGAGAGCCAGAAAAGACGGCCAUCAUCAUAAAGACCCAUAACAGGAGAGACCCAUACCAAAACAAAAACACUACCGAACUUACUAUCUCUCUCUUCAAAAUCUACCAAUCAAAAAUUCAGAUUCAAUCACUUGAUUAGUUGGUAAGUAAAGAGUUUUUGGAUAGGUCAUGUUGAGCAAUGAGGCUUAGAUUCAAGAAAUGGGUUGUGUGAUUGGACGAGAGGUAUCCUCAGGUGUAGUCUCUGAGUCUAAAGAGGAGAAGAGGGAUUUGAGUGUAGAAUCCAAUAGAAAGGUGGAUGAUGUUCCAGUGACGAAUACAAGAAGUAAGACUCUUGACGUUCCUGAUGGUGGGACUGAGACCCAGAAGGAGGAAAAGGGUGAUGGGGUUCAGCGGCCAUCAAGAGGGGAAAGAAGGAGGUCCAAACCCAACCCAAGGUUGAGUAAUCCACCCAAGCAUUUGCGUGGGGAACAGGUUGCAGCUGGGUGGCCACCCUGGCUCACGGUGGCAUGUGGGGAGGCACUCAAUGGAUGGAUUCCACGGAAGGCAGAUACGUUCGAGAAAAUUGAUAAGAUUGGGUCUGGGACCUACAGUAAUGUGUAUAAAGCUAAAGAUAUGUUGACGGGUAAAAUUGUUGCUCUAAAGAAGGUCCGAUUUGACAAUUUGGAACCUGAAAGUGUAAAGUUUAUGGCUAGAGAAAUCAUAAUUUUGCGGAGACUGAAUCAUCCUAAUGUUGUAAAGCUGGAGGGAUUGGUUACGUCGAGGAUGUCUUGUAGUUUGUACCUGGUUUUUGAGUACAUGGAGCAUGACUUAGCCGGACUUGCUGCAAGCCCAGAAAUCAAGUUCACAGAGUCUCAGGUCAAAUGUUACAUGCAACAACUAUUGUCUGGACUCGAGCAUUGUCACACUCAUGGUGUCCUUCAUCGUGAUAUAAAAGGGUCAAAUCUUCUUAUUGACAAUGGGGGGGUGCUUAGGAUUGCUGAUUUUGGAUUGGCUUCUUUCUUUGAUCCAAACCACAAACAUGCCAUGACUAGUCGGGUAGUGACUCUAUGGUAUCGACCCCCUGAGCUUCUUCUUGGGGCUACUGAUUAUGGUGUUGGUGUGGAUCUUUGGAGUGCAGGCUGUAUUUUAGCGGAGUUAUUGGCUGGGAAACCCAUAAUGCCUGGUCGUACAGAGGUGGAGCAACUACAUAAAAUAUACAAACUAUGUGGCUCACCAACAGAGGAAUAUUGGAAAAAAGCAAAGUUGCCAAAUGCAACCUUAUUUAAACCUCGAGACCCUUACAAAAGAUGCAUAAAAGAAACCUUUAAAGAUUUCCCGCCAUCUUCACUGCCCCUUAUUGAUACUCUUCUUGCAAUUGAUCCUGCAGAACGUAAAACUGCUACAGAUGCGUUAAGAAGUGAGUUCUUCAUGACAGAGCCUUAUGCUUGUGAACCUUCAAGCCUCCCGCAGUAUCCUCCAACAAAGGAAAUUGAUGCAAAACGUCGGGAUGAUGAAGCUCGGAGGCUAAGAGCUGCUAAUAAAGCCCACGCAGACAAUGCAAAGAAAACACGGACUCGUGAACGUGCUGUUAGGGCUAUGCCUGCUCCGGAAGCCAAUGCUGAACUUCAAUACAAUAUUGAUAGAAGGCGUCUAAUUACACAUGCAAAUGCAAAGAGCAAAAGUGAGAAGUUUCCUCCACCACACCAGGAUGGGGCAGUUGGCUUUCCCGUGGGAGCUUCACAUCAUAUUGACCCUGCAGUUGUUCCUCCUGAUAUCCCAUUCAGUUCAACCUCGUUCACUUACUCGAAAGGGCCGGUACAAACUUGGUCAGGUCCAUUGGUAGACUCUUCUGCAAAUGGUCCUUCAAGACGGAAAAAACACGCUGCAGGUGAUACACGAUCCCAUGCAGGAACCCAUAGAGAUAAAUAUGAUGAUGCUAGGGUUAAAGGAAAGAGAAGCAUGGCUUAAAACUCUGGAUUGCUGCGUCGAAUGGUGCAGAUGAACAAUCAAAAGCAGCCCAGCUUCUUCUCAAACUAGGUGUAAUUGUUUUGUGGAAAGUUGAGGGAUAAGAAAAAGCAAUUUUUCCUAUUUAUAACCACUUUCCCCCCCCCCCCCCCCCCCCCCCCCCCCCCCCUCCCUUCUCUUUUUUAUAUUUCUUCUUUUUCUUCUCUUCAAAAAUAAAUUUUUUCUGUACAAUUUGUUGGAUGGUGAGGUAUUGCCCCUGUCAUGUAUAUGUCGAUUCUUUAUCUUUUGAGCUUGUGAUGCUAAAAACUUAAAUACUUUUGAGAAUAGUAAAAAAAAAAAAAAAAAAUUUAAUAUCGAAACGAGAGCUGCUUUUGUUCUUCUU